CGGCUAGGCUUGUCUACUUCGAAAAGCAAAGUUUAGUAAACAUGAAAUCCGUGUAUUUUAUGUUAUCAUCACUGUGCAUGAUUGAAGUUAGAAUUUCAGGUAAGAUCGUGAACAAGGACUAUGACGUAAGAUUAACUGGUGGAAACAAGAAUGAAGGACGGGUUGAAGUUUAUUUGAACGGUACAUGGGGAGGAAUAUGCAAGCCUGGAUGGGACGUGAAAGAUGUUAGGGUUGUGUGCAGACAACUAGGAUUCCAUGAUAGGAACUUGAACGCUAUUGUUGGUUUUACAUGGUAUGGAAGACGUAAUCAAGCAUACU